CUAACUCCAACUCCAACUCCAACUCCAACUCCAUUACUCUACAUUACAACUUCUUCAACAUCGAGCUUGCCUGCCUAUUGUUCGUUCAUCGUCACUUCCAACAUCAUCCUUGAUACCCUUUUUUACAACAUCUUCAAAGGUCUCACGGCUAUCUCUCAAUCAUCACCACAGUCACAUCUUUAAAAGUCGCAAAUAUGAAGUUGACUUUCAAGGAUUUAAAGCAGCAGAAAUUCGUCCUCGAUGCUGAGCCUACUGAGCUUGUCUCUGAUGUGAAGGAGAAGAUCUUCAAGGAGAAGGGAUGGGAGGCGUCGCAACAAAAGUUGAUUUAUUCUGGAAAAAUCUUACAAGAUGCGAAUACUCUAGAGUCCUAUCACAUCGAGGAGAAGGGAUUCAUCGUUUGCAUGAUUACAAAGCCCAAGGCUGCACCAGCCGCGUCCUCUGCGCCUAAAGCUCCAUCAACCCCUGCUCCAGCAUCGGCUGCUACACCCGCUCCACCUGCUGCGCCUGCACAUUCUUCGAGUACCCCAAGCACCGCUGUUCCAGCAACACCUUCUCCUGCUGGUGCCUCGAUCCCAGCUCCUCAAGCCACACCAUCAAAUGAGACUACCGGUCUUGCUAUGGGAGCUGAGCGCUCAGCACAAAUCGCUGAGAUGGAAACCAUGGGUUUCGAGAGGUCACAGAUUGAAGCAGCCAUGCGUGCUGCCUUUUACAACUCGGAACGUGCCAUCGAAUACUUGUUGACUGGUAUCCCCGAAAAUCUUUUGCAAGAACAACGACAAGCUACACCAUCUGCACCCGCCGCUGUUCAAGCCUCAUCUCCUCCCGCUGUCGGUGGCGAGGAUGACCCAGUCGAUCUUUUCCAAGCAGCUGCCGCAAAUGCUGGUAAUCGAGGUGGUGCUGCUCGUGGACGGGCCGGAGCUGGAGCCGAUCUUUUGGGAGGUGCUGGAGCUGGAGCUGCAGCCGGUGGACUCGGUAACCUCGAUUUUCUCCGAAAUAAUCCUCAAUUCCAACAACUUCGACAAGUCGUUCAACAACAACCUCAGAUGCUUGAGCCCAUCCUCCAGCAAGUUGGGGCUGGUAACCCACAAUUGGCCACUUUGAUCAGUCAGCAUCCAGAGCAAUUCUUACAACUUUUGAGCGAAAAUGCCGAUGACGAUGCGCCACUACCACCAGGGGCUCAAGCCAUCGAGGUGACAUCAGACGAGCGUGAUGCUAUUGAGAGGUUAUGUCGUCUCGGCUUCAAUAGAGAGCAAGCGAUCCAGGCCUAUUUUGCAUGCGACAAGAAUGAAGAAUUGGCUGCCAACUUCCUUUUCGAGCAACCCGAGGAUGAGGAAUAGAUAUUCUUUCGUUGAUUCUCGUGUUUCGUGUCUCGGGUUCACUUUUUCCUAUUUUACUCCCUUCUCAUUGAACGAAUGAAUGACGACGAAUGAGCCUUUCCAUUUACGUGUGGUAAUGCCGGGGAAUGGAGGGAGAUGUAAGGGAAUGGUUGGGGCAGAAAUUGAGUGGUAGUGGGAGGGAGGCAGUCUAUUUUUCCAUACCAGCGGAGGGCAAUGAAUUGUAACGAACGAUAUACCUACGUUGCAUAAUUCUCGAACAGCAUAGCAAAAAUGUAACGUAGUUUAUUAUCAUGAAAAUUUUACUCUACUCAGAUAGGGCACAGCAAAUGGAUGGAUUAAUUAACAAGAAAUUCAAUGUUUACAACAAUGUGUGUGUGUACUG